AUGACAGACUACCUGGCCCAACUAGAGCGCGACGGUUUCGUAGUGGUCCGCUCGAUCCUCUCAGACGAGCAGCUAUCCGCGCUGUUGGAGGCGAGCAGGAAGGCAGCCGAGCUGGCGCGGUCAGGCCACUGGCCUCACAUCCGCACGGUGGGCAAGCAGUUCCCGCCGUGGGAGUCGACGCCGCCGGCCGCGGGGAUCUGGGGGGUGCAGCACCUGAUGAACCCUUCGCUCCCGGGUAACGAGGUCUUCGCGUCAGCCUACUUCUCCGAGGCGAUCCUGAGCAUCGUGCGUGACCUGCUGGGCGGGUGCGGCGACGACGAGCUCGUGAUGGAGCUGUUCAACAUGCUCGUGCGGCCCGGGGAGGACUUCGCCCUGGUCUGGCACCGCGACGACAUACCGGCCGACGCCACGGCGGAGCAGGAGAUGGAGAGGCUCGGCCGGCCGGCCUUCCACGCGCAGUUCAACCUAGCGCUGCUGGAGGACGACUCGCUCGUGGUCGUGCCCGGGUCGCACGCCCGGCCCCGCACCGAGGCCGAGAGGCGGGCCGACCCGCUCGAGCCGCGCAUGCCGGGCCAGAAGGCCGUCAGGCUGGCGCCCGGCGACAUCGUCUUCUACAACAACAACAUACUGCACAGGGGCGUCUACAGCUCCGCCAGGGAGCGGCUCACGGUGCACGGGUCCGUGGGCCACACGGGCGGGAGCAAGCUCAGGGCCAGGAAUGUGCUCCAGCACGGCGUGGGCUCGUGGGUCGACCGCUGCGACUUCUCCGGUCUGCGCGACGACGAGAGAGCUAGGGCGGAGGCCAUGAGAGAUCGGCUCGUUAGGUUGGGGACCGAAGCUGGUGAUGUCGGAUACUCGCUUCAGGGCUAG